UCAACAAAACCAAACACAUGUCCAAUUAAGUCUCAUUCUCAUUUCCAAAUCAUUCAAUUCAAACAAAGGGAUCAUUACUAAGAAACUUCAUAUCAAGUGCUGUUUUGGUUCUAUAAAACACCAAAAUCUCUCCCUCUUGAUCUAUAUCAUUCACAAUUUUGAUCCUUGUGAUUUCUACAAUCUAAAAAACUUCACUAUGGGAGUCACAACCUUUACACAUGAGUAUUCUUCAUCCGUCGCGCCAUCGCGCAUGUUCACGGCCUUGAUCAUAGAUUCAAAAAAUUUGCUUCCAAAACUCUUACCACAGUUUGUGAAAGAUGUCAAUAUAAUCCAAGGAGAUGGAGAAGCUGGAAGCAUUGAACAAGUCAAUUUCAAUGAGGGUAGUCCCUUCAAAUAUUUGAAACAAAAGAUUGAUGUGCUUGAUAAGGAGAACUUGAUUUGCAAAUACACUAUGAUUGAAGGGGAUCCAUUAGGGGACAAGCUUGAGUCUAUUGCUUAUGAGGUGAAAUUUGAAGCUACAAGUGAUGGAGGUUGUUUAUGUAAAAUGUCAAGCAGUUACAAGACCAUUGGUGAUUUUGAUGUUAAAGAGGAGGAUGUAAAGGAAGGAAGAGAAAGCACCAUUGGAAUUUACAAAGUUGUGGAGUCAUAUCUGCUUGAGAAUCCACAAGUCUAUGCUUGAUUCUUUAUUUAUUAUAUGUUAUGUUUCAUUGAGAUUAUACAAAUUACUACAAAACUAUUCAAAUUUGUAAUAACUGUGUGCAACCGAACAUAGGGACAUUUAGAAUGGUUGCAAAUAGUUGAAUUCUUUAAUAAGUUCUUAAAGCAUGUGUGGCAAUAAAUGGUUUGAGACUAGUGGUUUGGCAAAUGUAUUUGUACAAGGAGUUGGAAACUAUGGUAUUUACAUCUUGGAGAUUUCAGUAUUUGAGAUUUUAUUAUACCUUUUUUUUUU